AUGUCUAAUAAAAGAGGAAUAGAUGACUGCAGCUUGGAGAAAUCACUAAUAAAAGGCAUCACUGACGGGAAAAGAACGAGGGGCCGCUCACCAACACGAUGGGCUGACCAGCUGAAGGAGGAUAAAUGGACGAAGUUCUACACGAUAGCAGCGAUAGCCACCAACAGAAGCCGAGUAAUACUUAAUCAUGUACAAUAUUUUCAUGCAUUUACAGGAAGUUUAGUGUUCAUCGUGUGGUGUACGCAUAACAUAAUAGCGAAUUCAGUAGCGCCUGCGCCGUCAUGUCCGUGUCCCAGGAUACUGAGCCCAGUCUGCGGCUCCGAUAACGUGACAUAUGCCAACGAUUGCUUAUUCAACUGUACCAGAGAUUAUUACAAGAAAAUUGGAAGAAAACCGAUAAUCAUAGACUAUCCUGGGCAAUGCAGAGAACCAUGUAUGUGUACGGAGGAGUACGCACCAGUAUGCGGCAAUGAUGGCCAAACUUACUCUAACGAAUGUAAUUUAAAGUGUAAGAACAAGGAACGCGCUAUCGAUGGUCUAGACCCAAUAACUAUAGCAAGAAGAGGAAAAUGUCCCACAAAAGGAGUUUGUAUCUGUACAAAGGAAUAUAGACCAGUAUGCGGCACUGACAAUCAAACUUAUGGAAACACGUGCAUGUUUAAUUGUGAAAAUACAAGAAGAAAUGGAACUGGCGAACCGAAUAUUUCAAUAAAAUAUAAUGGAGAAUGUUGUAACUGUCGAGAAAUUUACAAACCAGUUUGUGGUAGUGACGGAAAAACAUAUCCGAAUGAAUGUGAGUUUGAGUGCGCAAAAAAAAAUAGGAUAACAGAUGAUAUACUAACCAGCAAAGAGGGAAAAUGCCUUGAACCGUGCAUUUGCACUUUGAUAUAUGCACCAGUAUGCGGCAACGAUGGUAAGACAUAUAGCAGCCAGUGUCAACUGGAGUGCAAGAAUAAAGAAAGUAACGGUAAUGUACAAGUUGUUAGUCAAGGAGAAUGCCCUCAGCCUUGUAUAUGCCUGGAUAUUUACAAACCAGUCUGUGGUAGUGAUGGAAAAACAUAUUCAAAUGAAUGUCAGUUUAAGUGCGCAAAAAAGAAAAAUGAUGCACUAACCAGUAAAGUGGGAAAAUGCCCUGAACCUUGCAUUUGCCCUUUGAUAUAUGCACCAGUGUGUGGUGAUGACGGUCAGACCUACAGCAGCAAGUGCCAACUAGAGUGCAAGAAUAAAGAAAAUAACGGUAAUGUCAAACUUUCUAGACAAGGAGAAUGCCCUAAGCCUUGUAUUUGCUCACAUAUUUACAAACCAGUAUGUGGUAGUGAUGGAAAAACGUAUUCUAACAAAUGUCGAUUUGAAUGUGAAAAUAAAAACAGGCCAAGCCAAGAAAAACUGACGUUCACUGAAGGUAACUGUGGUUGUGUAUGCACUGCGAUUUAUAAGCCGGUUUGCGGCGAUGACGGAAAAACAUAUGGCAACCAGUGCGAACUUGAUUGCAAAAACAAAGUAAGUAAAGACAAAGUCAAAGUCGUUAGUCAAGGAGAAUGCCCCCCUGCACCUGUGGUAUGCACUUUAAUAUAUGCCCCUGUAUGUGGUACAAAUAAUGUUACAUAUUCAAAUGAAUGUUUUCUUAAAGCUGCUAGCGCAGAAAAUGUUAAAAGAAACGGUGACCCAAUCAUAAUUAAAAGCCAAGGCGAAUGUCCAGCUCCUUGCACAUGUCCACAAUAUUUUGUAUACCAACCAGUAUGUGGUAGCGACAAUAAAACCUACACUAGCCAAUGUGAAUUAGACUGUGUAAAUAAAGAACGUGAAAGAAAUGGACUUCUACCGUAUACAUCGACUAAAGGUGAAUGUCCGAAACCUUGUAUAUGCUUACAAAUAUAUGCACCAGUGUGCGGUAAAGAUGGUAAAACUUAUGGCAAUAAAUGCGAACUGGGGUGCACAAAUGCUGAACGCAAACGCAAUGGACAAUCAGUUAUUGAAGUAGAUAGUGUAGGUAAAUGCGCAGAACCUGUAUUUUGUCCUCUUAUUUAUAGCCCCGUGUGUGGUUCAGACGGAAAAACCUAUUCAAAUGAGUGUUUACUAGAAGCAGCUAGCAAAGAAAACGUCAGAAAACAAAGUGACCCAAUUACAAUCAAAUAUCAAGGCGAAUGUCUACCACCUUCAUGCGCGUGUACCCGCAUUUAUGAUCCCGUAUGUGGCAGUGAUGGCAUUACAUACGCAAAUAAAUGCGAAUUAGAAUGCAAAAAUAAAAAUCUCAAAAAAAAUGAAACACCAAUCACAGUAUCAAGUAAAGGUGAAUGUCUCGACGGUUGUAUUUGUCCUGCAGUGAUAAGUCCAGUAUGUGGAAACGAUGGCAACACGUACCCUAACGAAUGUCAGUUAAUUUGCGAGAGUAAAAAGCGCGAACAGAAAGACGAACCCCCAGUUACUUCCAUAGGUAAUGUAGCAUGCCCACCUUCCUGUACUUAUCCAGGAGUAUAUGAACCUGUAUGUGGCAGUGAUAACAUUACAUAUCCAAAUCAAUGCCUGUUUGAUAUUAAAAAUGCAGGGAGAACAAAUAAUGGCCAACUACCUUUAACAAUAGCGUAUGAAAGUCAAUGUGCUGAUCCCUGCUUAUGCAUACUUCUCUAUGCACCAGUGUGUGGAGAUGAUGGUGUAACAUACGGAAACACGUGCCAACUGAACUGCAAAAACAAAGAACCUAACCGUAAAAAACUAGCGCCUAUUAAUAUAGUAAGUCGAGGUGAGUGUCCGGCAAAUGUUAUUUGUUCUAGAAAUUACCGUCCAGUAUGUGGAUCAGAUGACAACACCUACACAAAUGAAUGUUUCCUCAACAAUGCCAAUAAAGAAAAUGAUAUCAUAGAUCCCAUAACCGUAAAAUAUGCAGGAGAGUGCUUACCAGCUUGCAUAUGCCCAUUAUAUUUUGACUACCAACCUGUAUGCGGUAGUGAUGGUAACACAUACGAUAGCGCCUGUGAGGUAAAUUGCGAAAACUCAGAACGUGAGUUAACUUGCCAACCGCUUCUAACGGUGUCAUAUGAUGGCGAGUGUCGCACAAUUGAUGUUUGUCCACUUAUUUAUGCCCCUGUAUGCGGGACUGAUAACGUCACUUAUUCGAAUGACUGUUUCCUCAACAUUGCAAGUAGAGAAAGCCUUAGAAAUACUGGCAAGGCAAUUGGUGUCAAGAGCCAAGGCGAAUGCUUUGAGGAUCUCUGUAUAUGCCCUGCAAUUUAUCAGCCUGUCUGUGGCAAAGAUGGUAAUACGUAUAGUAAUGACUGUACGUUGGGAUGUGUUAAUAGACAGCGGGCGCAGGAUGGUCGCGAACCUAUCGUAGUUGACCGUCUUGGAGAAUGUGGCGCCCCUUGCACGUGUACUGAAGAAUACAAACCAAUAUGCGCUAGUGAUGGGAAUACCUAUUCCAACAAAUGUCUAUUGAAAUGCGAAAAUGACAGAAGAUCCGGAAAUGGAUUACCUCCUUUGAACAUAACUAAAAAAGGGAAAUGUGAAGUAUUUUGUGAUUGUUCUUUCAUUUACUUGCCAGUUUGUGGUUCAGACGGAGAGACGUAUCCCAAUGAGUGUGUUCUAGACUGCGCUAAUGAAGAAAGUAUAAAUAACAGAGGACCAGAAAUAUGCGUUGAUUAUGAAGGUGAAUGUAAUCUUUGCAUUUGCGAGGAUGUUUAUGAACCAGUAUGCGGCAGCGACGGUGUAACUUAUCCCAACAAAUGUACAUUAGAGUGCAAAAACAGAACUGGUGAAAAAAAAGUCAAAUUAGUUAGAAAAGGAGAAUGUGACCAGUAACAGGAAAGCUAGACAUUUUAUUUUUCUCGAUGUCAAGAAUGUAAUUGGUUUUGUUUUGGAUUUUCAAUAAAGUUUGUUAUUUAUGGAGUUUCAAUAAAUUAUUUAAUCAAUACAGCUAUAUUAUUUCUCGCUUUUUACUUUUAUGGGCAACAAAUAGUUAAUGAAAGCAGAUUAAAAUAAGAAGUCAGUAGGAUAGUAAUAUAAAUCACGCAUAACCUACACGUUGAUUCAGUUGUUAGCCUGUGAGGCAUCGCAUCACGAAGACGGACGAUGAAAAC